AUGUUACACCAGAUCCUCGGUCAGACCAAGAAGCAUCAGAGCUUGAUCCCCCUCUUUGUAAUAAUAAUUACGACAGCCAUUGCUCUACUGGGUAUUUACUGGGCAGGAGUUACUGGAGCACCACUGUAUGUCUUGUGCCUGGCAUUGUUCAAUCCAGAUGUCAGUUGGGAUAGGAAGAAUAACCCAGAACCCUGGAACAAACUGGGUCCCAAUGAUCAAUACAAGUUCUACUCAGUAAAUGUAGAUUACAGCAAAGUGAAGAAAGAAGGUCCAUACUUCUAA